CUUCGCAUUUUCUCCGCCCUGGCUCUAGCCGGCUCGGUGGUCUCGGUUGUGUCCGAGGGAGGCUCUUUUCUCGGCGGCCAGAGAGAACGGCAGCGCACAAGGUUGGCGAUGGAAGAUCAGUCCCGGCUGCGGCAUCCCCACGCCGGGGUCAGUAUCCCGGGGCUGCCCCAGCACCUGCAGCAAGACAGCGGGGGCGAGGCCGAGGGCAGGAAGCAGGACAUUGGAGACAUCUUACAGCAAAUAAUGACCAUCACAGAUCAGAGCCUGGACGAAGCACAGGCGCGGAAACAUGCUUUGAACUGCCACAGGAUGAAGCCUGCACUCUUCAACGUGCUUUGUGAGAUUAAGGAGAAAACAGAGUUGAGUAUCCGGGGAGCGCAGGAAGAGGAGCCUCCAGACCCGCAGCUGCUGCGACUGGACAACAUGCUGCUGGCGGAGGGUGUGGCUGGGCCGGAGAAAGGCUCCGCCUCCGCCUCCACCGCCGCAGCCGCCGCCGCUGCUGCCUCCGGGGGCGCGGCCACCGACAACUCAGCGGAGCACACGGACUACCGGGCCAAGCUGACGCAGAUCCGACAGAUCUACCACACCGAGCUGGAGAAGUACGAACAGGCCUGCAAUGAGUUCACCACGCAUGUCAUGAACCUGCUGCGGGAGCAGAGCCGGACGCGGCCCAUCUCCCCGAAGGAGAUUGAGAGGAUGGUCAACAUCAUUCACCGCAAGUUCAACUCCAUCCAGAUGCAGCUGAAGCAGAGCACGUGCGAGGCAGUGAUGAUCCUACGCUCGCGGUUCCUGGAUGCACGGAGAAAAAGGCGUAACUUCAGCAAGCAAGCGACGGAGAUCCUCAAUGAGUAUUUCUACUCCCACCUCAACAACCCCUACCCCAGCGAAGAAGCCAAGGAAGAGCUGGCGAAGAAAUGUAGCAUCACGGUAGCACAGGUAUCAAACUGGUUUGGUAACAAGCGAAUCCGGUACAAGAAAAACAUAGGCAAGUUCCAGGAGGAGGCAAAUCUAUACGCCGCCAAAACAGCGGUAACUGUGACAAACGCGGCGUCUCAAGGAAGUCAAGCCAACUCCCCGUCCACUCCCAACUCCACUGGUACAGAAACACGCUACAGGUCCGUGGGCGCCAAUAGCCCUCCUGCUCCAAGGCCUGCCGCCCGCUCAUCUUGUACGAGCUUAGAGAGUUCGUUGGCCUCGUAUAACCUGCCGAGCACUGGGGACCUGUACAUGGGCAUGCAGGCACUCAACGGCGACACCUACCAGCAGACCCAGGUCGGAGCCAACGUGCAGUCACAGGUGGACUCCCUCCGUCACGUCAUCAACCAGACCGGAGGAUACAGCGAUGCCUUGGGAGCGGGACGGAUGUACAGUCCACAACCCUUGAAUACCAAUGGCGGCUGGCAGGACGCAGCCACUCCUUCCUCCGUGACUUCACCGACAGAAGGACCUGGAAGUGUCCAGUCUGAUACCUCCAACUGAUCUGCUAGCAAUGAGGCACCAUGGCAGCCUAUGGGCUUACACACUGCAUUGGCCAAACGGACA